AUGCACGUAGCAGUAGUCCUCAAGGCAGUCGCAGCCGCAACCACAGCCGCAACCUUGCUGCUGGCAGGGUCAAGUUCGGCCACCCGGCUGCCGCAGUCAUCCAACGACAAGUACGCCCGCCUGGCUAAGCGCGCAGCAUCUGGAGACCUCUCAUCCUCGUCCUUGGUCGAGCCAACUUGGAUGCAUCUCGAGAAACGCGCGUCUCUGCCUGAUGUCUCUGAGGCGCUCAACUUGCUCGAAUCCAUCGUUCCUGGCCUCAACAUCACCACUUUGAGAGGAGACCAGUCGCUCCACUAUUCGCUCGCGGGGAUCCCCGUUAACAACACGGCCGGUCUGAACCAAUCCGAGAUCGAGCGUGCGCGCACCUGUCCAUCGAUCGAAUUUAUCACCACCCGAGGUGCUAACGACUCGUUCACAGACGGUUACUGGCUCAAGGAGAUGGCCCGCCAAGUUCUGUCUCGUCUGCCCAACGCCAGGAGGACUGAGUCCAACUACGACUCGAACAUUGGGAACGACUUUACCUCGCAGAUCAACGCGGCCACCUCCGGCAGCUGGUGGGUCGCUAACUACACGACGCUGCUUGCCCAGAGCUGCCCGAACACCACCAUCAUCAUGAUGGCCUACUCGCUCGGUGCUGCGGUCAACAUCGUCGCCAGCACGCGUCCGCGCUUCCCCACCAGCCGUGUCACCGCAGCCGUAUACUGGGGCUCUCCUCUUCGCAGCCCUGGCCGUCCGCAGAACAGAGGCGACGCCAUCUCGGCCCUCGGACAGGACGGCCUUUUGGGUUACCGCACGCCUCGAGGCAUGGAGCCCAGGGUGCGAGACUACUGCGUCCAGAAGGACAUCAUUUGCACUAACUGGGGCAGUUUGACAGCCCAUUUGUCCUAUGCAAACUCGACGAUCCAGGACGAAACCGUCGACUUCCUCGUUCAGUCCGCUCUGGCAGCUUGA